AUGGCGGCUACGUCCUACUCCACGGACCCAACACUCUAUCUCUAUACCUCUCUAACAGCCGGAUCAUCGCACAUCAUUACCGCGACAUCAAGGCUAGAGACCAUCCUCAAAGCCAACAAGAUCCCAUUUCGGGCACUGGACUGUGCAACGGAUGAGAAAGCACGUAUGCUGUGGGGGAGAAGAUCCAAGGGAAGAAAGCUGCCGGGCCUGGUCAAGUAUGGAGAGAUUAUUGGCGACCUUGAGCAAAUCGAAGAGUGGAAUGAGUACGGAGAGCUCAAAGAGCAAAUUGCCGCAACUCAAGAUUUUGGCAGCCUGACUACCUCCACGAACCUGGCUCCACAAGUCCCCGCAACGAGUACUUCUUCGACUCCAUCGAGAUCAGGCCCUCCUUCGCGCGCUUCCUCCGAGACUCGCCACAUCUCUAUCGCGGAACCGUCAGACAAGGAAAAGGAAAAGCAUGGCGCAGCUGGAGACGGAAAGACAGCCUCAUCACAGAAACCGGCUGAAAAUCCAAUGAACGUGGCGUUUCGUCAGCUGGGGGCGGAAGCCGCAGCCAAAGCAACACAGAAGAAAGGCGCUGCUGCCCAGGCCCCUAAAGCUGCAGCAGUGCCGGCCAAAGGACAGAGCUCCGCGGAUCAAGUGCCCACGGCCGCGGUAGACAGAGUGGGUACAGAGGCAGCGGUCGAGUCGGCCGAUACGGCAGCGGAGGUCACAGCAGCCAAGACACCAGCCCAACUCGCCUCAGAAGGCGCAGCCAGAACAUCCGUCGACAAAAUCGCCGAGUCAGAGGAGAAACUAGCCGCAGGCGCUGCAGAGGAUACGUCGCCUUCAAAAGAAGAACAAAUUCUCGAAAUGCGUCGGACGAGCAGCGUUACGAAAUCCAAGUCGAGGCUGAGUGAUGUUACACCCAUUGAAGAGAGCGACAAAGUUGUAGCAGAGCCGGAAGAGACAUCAAUUGCAGUGCCCGAGAAUGAAGUCAGCGCUAGUUCUUCUACGAGCCUACCUUCGCAAGCAGCGUCACGUAAGCAGCACCGUGGGAGUGACAUUGGAGAAGCGAGCCCCGAAGAGAUUCGAGCGCUGGAGAAGAAACUGAGUAUCCCGGAAGAAGACGACGAUGGGGAGGAUGCUGUCGAGACAGCACAAAGCAAAGCCACAGAAGUGGCGAGCACCGACAAGGUUGAGGACGAGGUUACAAAGGGAACGGACCCGCAGGAGACAGAGCCCAAGGACGCGGACAAGGCUGGCGUCAGUGUGGGCGACUAG